GGGGCCCCAGGCCACCUCAGCCCCUCAUCUGUGUGUGCUGCAAGGGACCCACCAGUGCCCACCGCGGGGGCAGGGGGAAAGUCGGGGGAGGGUCUGGUGCCCGGGCCGCCCUUCCUCCCCCUUCCUCCAUCCUCAAGUGCCUGCCCUGUGCCAGCUGGGCUCUGUCCCUGGGACACAACCAGAGACAGAGCCAGCCUAGGAGCAGUGUGCCGGCCCAGCGUGCCGGCAGGGACGGGCAAACACACCCGUGCUCUGGGAACGGCCCAGGAAGCCCAUCCUGGUGGGGAACCCAGACCCUCAGGCACUGGUGCCGUCUGGCCCCUCUCACCAGCUCUCCUGCACCCGCGAUCCCAGGAGACGGGGUGUGGCGGCCACACAUCCGCACCAGGAGCCGGGCAGGAAGAGGACCGUACCCUCCAGGUGUGGGCUCCCAAGGCCCUGCGGGGGUGGCUGUCGGCCCCACGUGGCCACACAGGCAGCCUGGCUGUGCUGGGUGGGAAAGGGGCUCGAGCCCCUCCCCUGUGCAUGGCCCCCGGUUCCCCCUGGGAGGUGCUUCGGGGGAGGCCCCCUUGGUGGCUCCGUGGCCCUCAGUCCUUAGCUCCCUCCCUCCAGGGUGCAGGACCGCCGAUUCUAGAAUUCCUUGUGCCCUGUGGGGAGUGGAGCGCAUUGGAGGACAAGGGUGGGCGAGGGGGCAGCACAGCCCAGAGCCCCUGGGAAGCCACCUUCGGAGCCCCCAUGGCACAGCCUGCCAGCAGUUUCCAAGCCUGACCUCCAGGAGGGUCACGUCUGUCGGCUGCCGGCUCCACGACCGUGGCGAACACGCGGGCCUGUGGGCCGCGGGAGGGACCCCUGGCGUCCUGGGUCACCAUAACUCCCCUGUGGGGCUUUUUUGCUGGCUUUGUUUUUGGUUUUCUUCUGUCUUGUGGCCGGAAAACACCAGAAGCAAUCCCACUCCGGCCGCGGAGCUGCCGCACACGGAGUCCCCGACCUCGGUGCGCGAUGGCGGUGCCGUGGUGGUGCCCGCCCUGGAGGUUGUCCUGUGCACCAUGGCCUCGAGGCUCUCCCGGACCACAGCCUUUCUCACGGCCCUGGGCUGCGGCGACCAAGAUCCACGGGGUUGGCUUCGUGAAAAUCCACGCACCCUGGACCGUGCUGUGCAGAGAGGCGGAGUUCCUGAAGCUGAAGAUGCCCACGAAGAAGAUGUAUCACAUCAACGAGACCCACGGCCUCCUGAAAAAGAUCAACUCCAUGUUCCAGAAGAUCACGGAGCCCAUCCAGCCCAAGGUGGCCGAGCACAGGCCCCAGACCACGAAGAGGCUCUCCUACCCCUUCUCCCGCGAGAAGCAGCACCUGUUUGACCUGUCCGACAAGGACUCGUUUUUCGACAGCAAAACACGGAGCACAAUCGUCUACGAGAUUCUGAAGAGGACCACGUGCAGCAAAGCCAAGUACAGCAUGGGGCAAGGAGAGGGAAGGAAGAAGGACUCUGCCCUUCUAAGUAAGAGGUGGAAGUGUGGAAAGUACGGCAUCACCAGCCUGCUGGCCAACGGCGUCUACUCGGCCGCGUACCCGCUGCACGACGGAGACUACGAGGGUGACAGUGUGGAGUUCAACGACAGAAAACUCCUGUAUGAAGAGUGGGCAAGUUACGGGGUCUUCUACAAGUACCAGCCCAUCGACCUGGUCAGGAAGUACUUUGGGGAGAAGAUUGGCCUGUACUUCGCCUGGCUGGGCGUCUACACCCAGAUGCUCAUCCCCGCCUCCGUGGUGGGCAUCAUCGUCUUCCUCUACGGGUGCGCCACCAUGGACGAGAACAUCCCCAGCAUGGAGAUGUGCGACGAGAGACACAACAUCACGAUGUGCCCGCUGUGCGACAAGACCUGCAGCUACUGGAAGAUGAGCUCCGCCUGCGCCACGGCGCGCGCCAGCCACCUCUUCGACAACCCCGCCACCGUGUUCUUCUCCGUCUUCAUGGCGCUCUGGGCCGCCACCUUCAUGGAGCACUGGAAGCGGAAACAGAUGCGGCUCAAUUACCGCUGGGACCUCACGGGCUUCGAGGAGGAGGAGGAGGCAGUCAAGGACCACCCCAGGGCCGAGUACGAAGCCAGAGUCUUGGAGAAGUCGCUGAGGAAAGAAUCCAAAAACAAAGAGACCGACAAGGUGAAGCUGACCUGGAGAGACCGGUUCCCAGCCUACUUCACCAACUUAGUCUCCAUCAUCUUCAUGAUUGCUGUGACCUUCGCCAUCGUCCUGGGGGUCAUCAUCUACAGAAUCUCCACGGCCGCCGCCCUGGCCAUGAACUCCUCCCCCUCUGUGCGCUCCAACAUCCGGGUCACAGUCACGGCCACGGCCGUCAUCAUCAACCUGGUGGUCAUCAUCCUCCUGGACGAGGUCUACGGCUGCAUAGCCAGGUGGCUCACCAAGAUCGAGGUGCCCAAGACCGAGAAGAGCUUUGAGGAGAGGCUCAUCUUCAAGGCCUUCCUGCUGAAGUUCGUGAACUCCUACACCCCCAUCUUCUACGUGGCUUUCUUCAAAGGCCGGUUUGUGGGGCGCCCGGGCGACUACGUGUACAUCUUCCGCUCCUUCCGCAUGGAAGAGUGCGCCCCCGGGGGCUGCCUGAUGGAGCUGUGCAUCCAGCUCAGCAUCAUCAUGCUGGGCAAGCAGCUCAUCCAGAACAACCUCUUCGAGAUCGGCAUCCCGAAAAUGAAGAAGUUCAUCCGGUCCCUGAAGCUGAAGCGGCAGAGCGCCUCGGCCCACGAGGAGAGCGUGAAGAAGAAGCAACGCUACGAGGUGGAUUUCAACCUGGAGCCCUUCGCCGGCCUCACCCCCGAGUACAUGGAGAUGAUCAUCCAGUUCGGCUUCGUGACCCUGUUCGUGGCGUCCUUCCCCCUGGCCCCGCUGUUCGCGCUGCUGAACAACAUCAUCGAGAUCCGCCUGGACGCCAAGAAGUUCGUCACCGAGCUCCGCAGGCCCGUGGCAGUCAGGGCCAAGGACAUUGGGAUCUGGUACAACAUCCUCCGAGGCGUGGGGAAGCUUGCCGUGAUCAUCAACGCCUUCGUGAUCUCCUUCACAUCCGACUUCAUCCCGCGCCUGGUGUACCUGUACAUGUACAGCCAGAACGGGACCAUGCAUGGCUUUGUCAACCACACGCUGUCCUCCUUCAACGUCAGCGACUUCCAGAACGGCACGGCCCCCAACGACCCCCUGGACCUGGGCUACGAGGUGCAGAUCUGCAGGUACAAGGACUAUCGCGAGCCCCCGUGGUCGGAGCACAAGUACGACAUCUCCAAGGACUUCUGGGCGGUGCUGGCAGCCCGCCUGGCGUUCGUCAUCGUCUUCCAGAACCUGGUCAUGUUCAUGAGCGACUUCGUGGACUGGGUCAUCCCGGACAUCCCCAAGGACAUCAGCCAGCAGAUCCACAAGGAGAAGGUGCUCAUGGUGGAGCUGUUCAUGCGUGAGGAGCAGGGCAAGCAGCAGCUGCUGGACACCUGGAUGGACAAGGAGCGCAAGGCCGGCGAGCCCUGCGCCAACCACAACCCCAGCGCCUGCCGGGACAGCGGCCCGGGCCCCGCCCACCACGGGGCCGCCCUGUAGGCCCCGGCCCGCCUCCCCACCCACAGGCACCUGCAAGCCUGGAGGGCCACCUUCCGAUAGGCGACAUUUCCCUCUCUUCCUGGUUUAUCUUUCCUUGUUUUUGCACAAAACCUUUAUGCAGGGAAAUUUUUUUUUUAUCUGAGUGUUGAAGCUGAGUCAGUAUGCCGGCCGUGCCGAGGCGGCAGCACCUGUCGAAGGCGGGCGCCCUGCGGAGAGAGACAGCCCUGCCAGAGCCCGGGGCCCCCACAAAGCCCUCCGCAGGUCCCCACAAGGCGGGGCCCUGGGCCUGGCAGACCCGAUGCAGCCCGCGGGGAGAGCAGAAGUGGAGGAGCCAGAGGCCUGCUGGUCUCUUCCCGCCCCAGGGGCAGGAGCUGAGCCGCCCUGGUCGGCAGGGGGCCCCGCCCAGCUCACAGGAGGCCACGGCCACGUCCGAUGCUUCUCGGAGACCCAGACGGGCACAGUGGCCCUGGCUGCGCCCCAUGAGCCGCACCGGCCGCACGGAAGUCUCGCCCCUCCGGCGUGGCGGCGCGCUUGGCCGUGGCCUUGGGCGCGUUUCCAGGAGCCGACCACCUAAGGGCUGCUAGAAGUCUUCCGGCUUCCAGGGCCACUCGGAGCGUUUGGAUAUUUAUUGGUUUUUUUUAGGAAAUCAAUCAGUUCUGUGGUGGAUUUGAGGAUUUUUUUUUCCUGUAGCUAAGGUGGAAGGAGUUUAUUAUCUUAGUUAAGCAAAUAUCAUUGAGAGGACCUUGGAUACUGUUACUACCAAAGAUUUUUAUGAAUAAAGGCUUCUAUUUUGGUAACCCUUAUCUCUAUUUUUACUCCCAGCAAAGCCACUGUUGGACAGCUGGCGUUUUUAAAGCUUGUACAGGUCAUGGUCGUCAGCGAUAGGCACGCGUCCCGAACCGGCAGCGGCCACGCGAGCCCGUGGCGAGACUGCUGAGGUGCCAGGAGAAACCCGUUUCCACGGACUGCGGGCGGACCGGCGGCUGGCUGUGCCGCGAGCGGGCCCUCAGAGCGCGGGCGGACCAGCAGGUGGCUGUGCCGCGAGCGGGCCCUCAGAGCGCGGGCGGACCAGCAGGUGGCUGUGCCGCGAGCGGGCCCUCGGCGUGGCCCUGGCACCGCCGCCACCCACGGCCAAGGCUAACACCGCGCCGUCGCCGCUCCUCUUCCCGCGGUCAGGACGCAGCGGGGUUUUGUACAGAGACGUUGUAUUAAAAGCCGGUGAUGACCAGAAA